AUGGCGGCGCCCGCCUGCGCGUGGCUCGUGUUCGGGUUCAGCCCCGAAGAGGCGGCCGGGGAGCCGGGCCCGGGCCCGGGCCCGUGGCGGCUGGAGGCGGGCCCCGAGGGGAUCUCCCGCGUGUGGCCCGCCUGGAGCUACGUGGUCGUGGAGACCGGCGCGGGGCUGGAGCUGCGGAGCGCGGGGCAGCGGCGGCGGCUGCCGGGCUGGGCCGAGGCGCUGCCGUCCGAGACGCACCUGGUGCUGCGGGGCCCGGCCGGGGCCCGAGCCUGGCGGCGGGAGGCGGCGCUGAGCGGAGCGCUGCGGGACGAGCCCGCCUGGAGCCGGGACCUGCCCGCCGAGCCCCGCCAGCCGCUGCCGCUCCUGCCCGGCGGCUUCGCCACGCCGCGGCCGCCGUUCUUCACCGCGCUGCCCGCCCGAGUGCGGGCCCAGCGGCUGGUGCUGGGCACGGAGCACGCCGUGGCGCUGAGCACCGCCGGGGAGGUGUUCACCUGGGGCGGCGGCAGGCACGGGCAGCUGGGCCACGGGCUGCUGGAGUCGGAGCUGCAGCCGCGGCUGGUGGAGGCGCUGGCCGGGGUGCCCAUGCGGGCGGUGGCGGCGGGCGGGUGGCAUUCGGCCAGCGUGAGCGAGGCAGGAGAUCUGUACGUGUGGGGCUGGAACGAGUCGGGGCAGCUGGCUCUGCCCUCCAAAGCCCUGGCACAGGAGCGAGCACAGGCUGAGGACUCGAGCACGGGGAGCACCAAGCUGACACCCUGCCAGGAGCAGCUGGCUGCUGAGGGCACUGCAUUCAUCUCCAUCCAGGCGUUCCCAGCACUGCUGGAUCUGCCACAGGACCUGGAGGUCAGCGUGGUCAGCUGCGGGUCCCGACACACGGCCGUGGUCACACGAGGCGGGGAGCUCUACACCUGGGGCUGGGGUAAAUAUGGACAGCUGGGACACGGGAACAACGUCAGCUCUGACCAGGCACGCCGCGUGGAGCACCUGGUGGCCGAGGGGUUGCAGGUGGAGGACGUGGUGUGUGGGCCCUGGACCACCUAUGUACGUGUGCGGGAGCCGUGAGCACCCCAAGACCCACAGCCCGUGGGUGCUGCCGGAUGGGGAUGAGGGCAGGCUCGGCUCUGCUCUGCUCGACCACUGUCC